AUGGCGCUUCAUACGCUGACGGAGGAACUUCUACGGAAGAGAGUUAACUUGACGCACAAUAAUUUGGAAGAUGUCAAAUCUCUUGCAUUGCCUGGUUCUUACCAAGAAAAGGUCACUACUGUUGGGCAGUCACUGUACAGAUUUAGUCGCUUAAAGCAACUGGACCUUUCAAGGAAUUCUCUGUCUUCACUUUCAGGCCUGGAAAAUUUGAAGAUGUUGGAAAAGCUUAAUUUAUAUUACAAUAACAUCAGCAGUUUGGAGGAAUUGAAGAAGCUGCAGCACAAUAGACAACUUCAAGAUGUCGAUCUUCGUUUGAACCCAGUCACUCGAAGUGAACCAGACUAUAGACUCUAUUUGAUUCAACUUCUACCAAACUUACAAAAACUUGAUGAUCGAUGUGUACGAGACAGAGAGAGGCAAGCAGCAAUGAUGCAUUUUUCAGAUUCACCUGAAUUUGAUAUUUCUAAAAAUAAAGAUGUGGAUCCUGCACCCCAAGGAAACCCUAGGGCGAAAUUUGUUAAAGAUUUCGUUGGUGGAAGAACUUUAGGUAUGGAUGAAAUGGCUGUGUUUGACAUCAUUUCUAAUGCUGGAAAAGAUGUCUUACCUCUGAGGCCCCUUACAGGAUCUACAGCUCGACAGUCUGCUAUGGAGGAAUAUUCUUUUGAUGCUCUGAAGCAAAUGGGAUUAAAUGAAAAAGCACAGCACAACAUGGCAACAAAUCAAGAUUCUUCCAAGGGGAGGUCAGCUGUGUUAAACAAAGAAGUUACUGAAGGAAACUUAACAGAAACUGUCCAUUUACUUCCUACCAACAAGACCAGCACGAAUUCUCAGGGAGCCAUUCCCCCUCCUAAGUAUAAAUCUUUAUCACAAAAAAAUGGCAUUCAACCUCCUAUUUCACUUCCAAUCACACACGAAGAAGAGUAUCAGGCAUAUACAAAAUAUACAGGCCACUCGCAUUAUACACCAUGUCCAGAUAGUCAUUCUGCUCAAGAAUUGCCGAAAUAUAAUGGACAAAGUGAUCCUAAUAAUGAUAAUAAUUAUACUAAUAGUAAUACUAGCAACACGGUUUCCAUUAAAUCAAAAGCACAAGAAAACAACAGUACCCAACUGAGACAACAAAAACAGUUUGAAAAAUCAGCACCCACAAAGAAUGGAUCAAAUGAUGGAGACGAUCUUUCUUCAUGCAGUCAGUCUUCGCAAAAAGUUUCCUUAAAUAGCAUUGACCGUUUGCUUCUGCAGUUGAUGGAUCUUAUUGAUAAAUACUGGAAUGGCGCCCAGUCUUUACACAGAAAUCCAAAAUUCAAGUCCUUAGCAAAGGACAUAAUUGAAAACCAUUUUGACAACUACAGCAAGCACUUAUGUAAAGGACUGCAGGAACAAAUCUAUGCACUGACCAAUCAGAAAGAAGAACUGACUUGGCAGCUCAGUCAGAGACUAACAAAUUCUUCAGAGGUUCCAUCAACAAAUAGUAAAGCAAAACUGGAAAAUUCAUUAAAGACAGCAUAUCAGAAUUUGGAGAAAAUUAAUGGUCAAUUUGAGCAGUCUGUCCAGGAAAAUAAAAUAUUGCGCCAGAAACUGGCCAACCUUGAAACUAAAUCCACAUCUGGAACUCAAUUUUCGACAGAUGUGAUUCAAUUUGAGCACUUACAGAAGCAGAACUUGGACCUUUGUAAAGACAUUGAAAUGUUGCAGAGCAGGCUGAAGCAGUAUGACCAAAUGCAGGCCCUUGCAGACAUGUUAAAAGACAGUCACAAUUCUCUCAUCCGAGCCAAUAACCACUUGAUGGCUGAGAUUGAGGAAUCUAAGACGCGGCAUUCAGCUGAGGUGCAUCAACUGCAGUGGAACUAUGAGCAACUGCGACAGACAAUGGCAGCAUUGGAAUGUAUCUCUGAGAAUCCUCCCACUGAGACUGGAUCAUUGCUCUCAUUGGCAGCCGAGACAAUGAGCAAGCCUUCUGUGAAACUCUAUGAUAGCGAUGAGAAAGAAUCUCUGACUUUCCACUAA